CUGGGGUGCUGGGGGGCCGGCUUGGGGCUCUCAGGGUUGCGAGGCGGUGUCGAGCGGGGAGUCAGAAUGUGUGUGUUUGAGGGACCCUUGCUCCGUUUGGGGCUUGCCCCGGCGCAGGGAGAGUCGAGUCCACGGAACCUCCCUGAGGGCCUGCGGAGACGUGGCUUUCCCGUCGGGCGGAGCCCUAGGGCGGACGCGGAGGUUUCUUACGGACCCCUAGCUGGCGGCCCUCUCAGAACCAGUAGGAGGGGUAAAGUGGUGUUUUUAAGUCCAUGACCUACUACUGCUGCUUUUCGUUUAAGGAUUGCUGAUUGUCCCUGUCGACUCUUUGGAGUGCCCCCAAGGGAUAGGGGAGUGGAUAGUGUCUAGGAUUCCUUCUUCCACUUCCUGGAUUUAGUGUCAGAGAACCUAGAUGGCCAGACAUUGCUGGAUCACCCUCCGCGGCCUUUGCACCUAAUACGACGCUGUAAUUUAUAAUGUAUCUACGUUUCUUAAGUCUUUGGUUCUUGGUGACUUUGGAUAGGACUUCCAAGUUCCACCUUUGGGUUCUCGUAGUGCUUUGUUUAGGACAAUAAAGCUCAAGUGACAGUGUAUGAAAAUUGUUUUAUGUUUUUCUGAACGUGGCCUCCAUUUUCUUAUUUAUUAUUUCUUCAAGAGAUGACCACAGUGCCUUUCAUGUAAGAGACUCAUAAAUAUUGGAAAAAAUAAAUGAGUUAACAGCUUUUGAUAGGUAGGUCGGAUGGAAUAUGUGAUUUCAUAGGGAGGAGAGUUAAAUGGCUUGCGUAAGAGAAACUUAGAGAUAAAACUAGGGCUAAAAAUGGAUUCAGUUGACACUCAGACUGUGGUUCUUGUUAUCAGGUUAGGCUCUGAAACUGGAACGCUGAAAACAAAGCCUUGUCACUCUUUUUCAUACCCCUCAGCCUUGGUAUCCCCAGCACAGGUCUCUAAAGGUCAAAGGUAGGCUCAGUGGAAGGAGAGAUCCCAGAGCUGGAACAGCCAGUCCACUAACAUUGGCACUACAUGAGGAGAUGCCGAGCAGGGGCCCCUCAAGACAUUUGAGUUCUCCACAGUUCCCUUCUGGGCUUUUGUUUGAGCCCAGUUGGCCCUGGUUAGCCAUCUGCACAGAGCAGUUAAAGACUUCUGAGAUCAGUCUGGGGAAAGAUUGUCUAAGUUUGGCCCUGACUUUUUUUUCUCUUCUGCUCCCCUAGGCUGAGGUCAGAUGGAUCAAGCUGUUCAGUCAGCCCCUGAGGUCCCUUCUGGGAGAAGAGUUUGAGAGGGAGAAGAACCCUGACCCCUGCCCUAUGGGAGGCCCAAACAGGUUGGAAACGCCCAGAGCCUGGCAAGCCCUCAGAAAUAAGCAGAAUGCCAAGUGGACAGCUGAACCUUGAGUGAACUCAGGCUGUAGAAAUGGAGAGUUCAUCGGGAAAGACUCCGAGGUAGAAGGUGGCAGUGACAUGGCUUUGCCCCAGGCUUAUCCACUGGGGCCCCUCCAUGAACCUGCAAGUGCCCUAAUGGAGCCCCAGCCUUGCCCUCAAAACUUGGCUGAAGGCUUCCUGGAGGAGGAGCUUCGGCUCAGCUCUGAACUGAGCCAGCUGCGGUUCUCAGAGCCCGUGGGCAUCAUCUACAAUCCUGUGGAGUAUGCGUGGGAGCCACACCGUAGCUAUGUGAUCCGCUACUGCCAGGGCCCCAAGGAAGUGCUGUUCCUGGGCAUGAACCCAGGACCCUUUGGCAUGGCCCAGACUGGGGUGCCCUUUGGGGAAGUGAACGUAGUCCGGGACUGGUUGGGCAUCGGGGGGCAUGUGUUGACCCCUCCCCAAGAGCACCCUAAGCGACCAGUGCUGGGACUGGAGUGCCCUCAGUCAGAGGUGAGCGGUGCCCGGUUCUGGGGCCUUUUCCGGAAACUGUGUGGACAGCCUGAAGUCUUCUUCCGUCACUGUUUUGUCCACAAUCUGUGUCCUCUGCUCUUCCUGACCCCCAGUGGGCGCAACGUCACUCCCGCGGAGCUACCUGCCGAGCAGCGAGAACAGCUUCUUGGGGCCUGUGACGCGGCCCUCCGCCGGCAGGUGCAGCUGCUGGGGGUGCAGCUGGUGGUGGGAGUGGGGCGGCUGGCAGAGCAGCGGGCACGGCGGGCUCUGGCAGGCCUGAUGCCUGUGGUCCGGGUGGAGGGGCUCCUGCACCCCUCACCUCGUAGCCCUCAAGCCAACAGGGGCUGGGAGGCUGUGGCCAAGGAGAGACUGAAUGAGCUGGGGCUGCUGCCGCUGCUAAUGAAAUAAGUGCCCACGUGGCCCGGCACGGGACACGUUCAAGGUCCCCAAGUCAUUCUGGGGCAAGCCACGUGCUUCCUGGACCGGAGCAACAGAGUCUUCCCGGGCUCCCUCCCUGGUUGCUGGGACCUGGCGUGGCAGUUUUGACACUACUCUGGCUUGCUGCUUCCUUCACCUUCCUUCCAGCACUGCCUCUGGUCGUGUGGUAACCAACUCCACAGAGACCUGCCAUCUGCAAACUGCUCUACCUCAGUGUUCCCUUGGGAGCCUCUGGUCAGCUGAGAGUGACUUCUGAGGUCGUGUUUGCUGUGUUAGAGAAAAGAUCCUGCCAGGAUCCCCACCUGUCCUCAUAGAACAGCUUCCUUCAAGCUGAGCCUUUUCCUCACAGGGACCAGGACAAAGCGAGAGGCAUGGAUGUUAAGAGGAAACUUCCCCACGGGAGACUGAGGCUGGGUCAGAGAAAGAAUUCAGUGUGGCAGAGUGGGGAAGGACCAGAAGACCCGGAUUUUCAUCUCGGCUUUGAGACUUUACGGCUUUGGGCAAAUCAGCGAACCUCUCCAAGCCUCAGGAUCCUCAUCUGUAAAACGAGGAUCCCUAACUCAUGCGGUUGGUGUGGGGAUUAAGUGAGGGAACACUUGAAAGUGGCUUGCGUAGUGCCAGGCAGGUGGGUGCUUGUUAAUCUCGAUUUCUUGCCUCUUGGGUGGGGCAUCGCUAUAUCACACUACAGCGGGAGCUCCCGCGCUCUGCAGACCUUGCUGGGUGAGGGGCAGAUUCUUGCCCUGCCAGAGAUGGACCAGUCACUUCAUGAAACCCCCAGCCUGUGAUUUUUAGUCUAAGCAUGAAAAGCUCCUAAACCCUUUUGUGUGGUCCUUUUUUUAUUUUUUCCCUCCUGCAUAUGAGUCCAAAGUGGUGGUUUAGAUUUUCCCUUCUCUUACCUCUUCACUGUUUGCAAAGGGUUCUCAUGGGUAUCUGGGAAGAGAUGUAAACAGGUCUCUGAUUGCCUCACCAGAGCUUAAGGGUCUCUGUCAGGGGUUCGUCUGCUACUCAGGGCCCCGGGGGAGCAGGCAGUGAGUGGGCGGAUGGGAGCAUGGUAUCUCCACCUAACUCAUCUCUUCUGUCUGCUGGCUGGCAUGCCCCUUUAGGAGGACUGGGAAGGUGAGUCAGUUUGGGAAUAGGAUGGGUCUUGAGGCCAUCUUAAUGACGAACACACUGGUUGGACUCCCAUCUCCUGGGACAGGGCAUCUCCGGCUUUCAAAAUUAAUAAGAUUUUUACUAUAGGGGAACCUGGCUGGCUCGGUCAGAGGACCAUGUGACUCAUGAUCUCGGGGUUGUGAGUUGGAGUCCCAUGUGAGGUGUAGAGAUUACUGAAAAAAUAUACAUAUAAAAUAAACUUUAAGAAACGUGAGGUUUUUGUAUAAUAAAGACUUUUUUUUU